AUGGGUAAAAACAGUGAGUUUGAAGACGAUAUUGCAAUAGCCUGCAUUACUAUGGACGAUGCAAAGACAAUUUUCUUUCCAUUAGACACUCAAAAGGAUGUAGCGAUUUUUGGAUUACUCAGUAAUGGAAUGUCACUCUACAUUACACGUACGGGUUCACGUUUCCGUAACGCAUUUGGAAUUUUAUGCACAAGUUUCCUGAUAUGCAACUUGCAAGCUAUAUUUUCACUCUCCGCAUGGUGUAUCAUUGUUUUAACCGUGAAAUCUCAAAAACUAUCAUUGCCAGAAUUCUUCUUCACACGACCAGUGGGCAUUUUUGUGAAUGGAGCAUAUUAUGGAUCGCUUUUUGUACACUUUUUCGUCGCUGUCAAUCGAUUUUGUGCUUUCGUUUAUGCCACAAAAUACAAUCAGUUAUGGUCGAAAUCCAAGGCUAUAUUAGUUGGAGUUAUGUCCUGGGUGGUCGGGACUACCAUAAGCAUGGCACAUUUAUACAGCGAUUGUUCACUUACAUUUAAUAAGAAUUAUUCCUAUCGAUUUUCUUAUUCACGUUCUCUCGCUGGUAAAAUAUGUUCCAACACUGAUGCUUCAAUAACAGUGAUAACAGUGACGUCAAUGGCAUGCUUCGAUUUCACUACAUUGAUUAAAAUACUUGCAUAUCAGAGAAGAAUGCGAGCAAAUACCAUUACAUCAACGAGUGAAGCAGUCAGAGCGCGAGGUAUCUUGUUCUUUAGACAGUCAUGCAUACUUGGAGUAAUUUAUAUAUCGUAUACUUUUAUAUUGAUUAUCCAUCCAUUCACUAAUAAAUGGGUGCUAUUUGUGUCGACCACUAUAUCAUGGAUUCUGGUGCAAUCAUUGGAUGGAAUGACUUUCCUGUUGUUUAACCACAACCUUAUCUGCAAAAAAAAUUCCGGUACAACAGUGACAACAGCGCCAGUCACAAAUUGGAUACAAACAAGACAAUGA